UUAUACUGUACAACAUUCGUAGACAAAUGCGGCCUUGAUCACCUGCCUAUGGGCUGGUGAGGGAGUCCAUGGGCAUGGAGAAAUGGGGCCUCCUCUUCUCUCUCUUCCUCUCCCUUACUUCUUUCUCUCUCAUCACCGCUUCAGGCCAUCGUGUCUGCAUAAUCGGGAGCGGAAUAGGGGGGAGCUCUGCUGCCCAUUUCCUGAAAUCCUACUCUCUCUCUCCUUCCCUUGAGAUCUCUGUUUUCGAGAGGAGAGAGAAAGUGGGUGGUCGCAUGGCCACUGUGGAGCUCGCAGGUGAUACCUUUGAAGCUGGGGCUUCCAUACUCCACCCCAAGAAUUACCAUGCUCUCAAUUUCACUGAGCUUCUUGGGCUCGGGCGGAGGGGAGAUAACGAUGAUUCAUGGUUUGGUGUGUGGGAUGGAAAGGGGUUCGUGUUCAAGACCAUGCCUCCAUGUCAAUGGGUGGUUCUCAAGAAAUUGGCGUCUUUUUUCAAUUCUCUCCUCAUGUUUGGUCGAUAUGGUUUCUCUCUCCUCAGGAUGCAGAGCUUCACCCUGAGUGCAGUGGCGAAUUUCUUGAAGUACUAUGAAGACUCGCGGCCGAUUUUUGAGUCAGUGGAGGAGAUGUUGAAGUGGGCUGGGUUGUAUGGACUUACAACUCAGCCAUUGCAGGUCGAAUUGGAACAAGCUGGUCUCUCUGAUCGCUUAAUAUCAGAGCUUGUCACUGUUAUUAUGAGAAUUAACUAUGGUCAGGAUGUAAACAUCAGUGGCAUGGCUGGUGCAGUUUCUUUGGCAGGCUCUGAUUCUGGACUCUGGGCUGUGGAAGGAGGCAAUUGGCAGAUGGCUGCUGGCUUGAUCGACCGCUCAAAUGCUUCUUUGUUUCUUCAAGAAGAAAUAAUGUCUAUUUCAAAUCUUGGAGAUUAUUACGAGCUUAACUCAACCAAAGGAAACUCUUAUCAUUGUAACAUUACAGUGGUUGCCACCCCUCUAGAUGAGCUUAACAUUAGUUUUUCUCCUCCAAUAUCAAUUCCAAAAAGGAAGCUGCAACAUACACAUGCAACAUUUGUAAGGGGCGUUUUGAAUCCGGGAUAUUUUGGGUUGAAGUCCAUAUCUGAGAUUCCCAACCUUGUUGGCACCGUCGAAGUGCCGGAUCUGCCAUUUUCCAGUAUCUCUGUUCUAAAGGAAUACAGCAAUGAAGACAAGGCCUAUAAAGUAUUUUCUCGCGUUCCAAUGAAUGAUGAUCUGCUGGAUCUUAUUUUCAGUGUCAGAAAAGAGGUGGUGAGGAUAAAUUGGGCUGCUUAUCCCCACUAUGAGGCACCAGAGAUCUUCGCUCCAAUCAUUUUGGACCAAUUACACUUGUAUUACAUCAACUCUUUUGAAAAUGCAGCUAGUACCAUGGAAACCAGUGCUGUUGCAGCUGAGAAUGUGGCAAGGCUCAUCUUGUCAAGGCUUUCAAGCUCGUUAAUAAACGAGUCAAAGGGUUAUGUGGGUACUUCUAUAUCUCAAGAAAGAAUGCAUGUGGAUGAUCUCUAAUGAUGUUAUGUAUUAAAUUAUCGAGAACGAAGAAAGUUAAAAUUUUCGUUGGAAAAGUCUAUUUGUACAUCAAAUAUGUAUUCCUAUUUUGUAUCAGAUUGUUACAAACGUGUCAUCGAUUAGGAAAUGUGUUGUCAUAAAAAUUCUGAAGUCGAGGGUGUUUCCUGGGAUCUGUGACUGGUUAAGGUGUUGAUGAUUGAAAUAUUAUUUCCUAA